UUUUGACUCAUUCCACAUCUCGUUCUCGUACCGUUCACUACGUACGCUCAGUUUUAAACAAUUUUAACCAAUUCGCAACAAGACGCACUCGUCUUUCGGAAUUGUUCAGUUCAGUGUUUUCGGAUAAAAACAACUGAAGGAUAACAACAAACCAGAAGUGACAUUUCGCAAUCAAGGAUAAAGUGAAAACAGAGAGAGUGAUAAACCAAAAAGACAUUUUCUGAAAAAAACAAUCAAGUGUGCGCAAGCAACAAGUGAUCUACCAAAAACAAAACAAAACCACAGAACAUUCAUAAAAAAUGGUGUACGCAAACAUGGUUGCAGAGCCCGCAAUGAGCGGCAAAAUCGCACAGCCUUCUUCGAUGGAACCACUAUCGCGGACAUACCAGUACCGCAAAGUGAUGAAGCCGAUGCUGGAACGCAAACGUCGUGCCCGGAUUAACCGUUGCCUGGAUGAGCUGAAGGAGCUGAUGGUUUCAGCCCUCCAGUCGGAAGGUGAAAAUGUCUCCAAGCUCGAGAAGGCCGACAUCCUGGAAUUGACCGUCCGUCACCUGCACAAACUGCGCCGCCAACAGCGCCUGACCGUCAAUCCAGUAAUCGAUGCUGACCGUUUCCGUGCCGGAUUCACUCAUGCCGCCAACGAAGUGUCCCGCUGCCUAGCCUCGGUUCCCGGAGUCGACAUCAAGUUGGGAACAAAGCUGAUGACCCACCUCGGCCAUCGCCUUAACGAUAUGGACAAAGUUUCGCCACUGUCCGUCCACUGCGAACAGAACAUCCAGAGCCCGCCAAUCUCCCCAUUCUCAACUACCUCAUCGACUUCCGCCGCCGAUCUCCAGAGCUAUCAGAUGCCACUGACCCCACAGUCUUACCGUUCCGGAAGUGGCAACUCCAACAGCCCAUCACCAAACCCAAGCGAGUGCUCCUCCAACGGCGACUCGCAAACUCCCGGUCUGCUCAAGAUCCAGGAAUCCGUUUGGCGGCCAUGGUAAUUCCGCUAUCCGUCUCCAAUUGGAAUCGGUACCAGUGAAAGACUUAUCAACGCAACCAAAUUCCUCAAUCCAGAGAUCUCAAGAGACAACAAGACAAAAAGGCAAAACAAAAAGCAUUUUUAUCAAUCAAUCGUAUGGGUAUAGCUUUAAUAGGACAUAGGAAAACUUUUUUUUCAAACUCUUUACUGUUAAUGAGCGAGAGUUUUUUGUGAUAUUAAUCGUUCUUUAGUUAUGUUAGGUCUUAGGCAUUACUUUUGUUAGUACUUUUUCGCUGAGAAAAAUCUGUUUUAUUUCUGCAUUUUAGCUCAGAGAAAGAUUUACGUAGCCAGUAGAUUGUUUACAAAUUGCACAAUUUGUGCAGUUUCUGUGAUUAUAAGCAAAACAAGAAAAUCAAAAAAUGACAUUUUUGUAAAAAUAAAACAAUCAAUCAA